GUAGAAUUAUUGGAUCACGCACUCAGACUUCGUCACAAUCGAAUCGACCGACUCUCGUUUUGGCCUCUGCCUGCCUGCCUGCCCCGCUCUGUCUCUUCAUUCAUGGCGUCGUCGUCGGAGGCAGGAUUCGAUGAGGCCAUUAAUGGUUCCCUCUUCGAUGGUAUGGUUCUCUUCGUGCCCUCCUCCGUUGAUAUCUCCCUGCCUCAAGUUGGUGCAUCUCUGCCACCGCCGCCUGACGCCGCCACCACCUCCCAACCUCAACCCAAACCCCUACCCGUCGAUGAAGACCUCUUUUCCGAUCUCACCCUCCAGAAUCUCCCAUCUCCAACCCCCUCCCCCCUUGAUCCUCCAACUCCGUCUCCUCUUCCCACUCCAACUCCUACCCCAUCGCCUCCCUCCUCGCAUCUCCAGCCGCCUGCCUUUCCUUCUCGCCAGCCCUCCCGCAAGAAGAAACGGGCCGUCCGGAUUGGCUACGCCCGAGAAACAGCGGGCCCCGCCGCCGCCUUGUCGGAAGACGUCCAUCACCUCUCCGAUCCCCUUCGUAACAAAUCUCCUCCUCCUCCUUGCUCCUCCGGCACCGCAGCAGUCGUCAUGGCGAUUGCUUCGAAGUCGAUUGCAGACGAACCACCUACUUUUUCAUAUGAUUUAGGUGUAGGUUCCGCUCCACAUCCCGAUACGGCCAUAUCGGUGGUAGAGAACGACCCGACUCCUGGACCACCUCCUUCCAAAUCUCUGGAACAACUCAGAGAAGAGACGGACUAUGGGAGCUCGUGUGAAGCUGUCGUCAAAGAAGACAAGGGUCACCAGCCCCCGAUGGAAGAAGGAGAAGACGAAUAUAUUUGCUCAGGGGAAUCGGCCGCUAGAGAAGGCGCCUUUGAUUCCGCAGAGGAGGGACUACAGGUGGUCAGGGCUCAAAUCUCCAAAAAUCUUGAGUCCAUCCAGCAAAGAGCAGCUUCAGCAUAUGCAGAGAGGAAGGAAUUGGAAAGAAGACGGAGAACAGCGGUUGAGACCGUGAAUUCCGCAUCAGCCAAGCAUAAGAACUUGGAAAGAGAGCUUGAGCUAGCCUGUGAAGCUGAGGACUUUGAGAGGGCUGAAAGGGUCAGCCAGAACCUCUUGACCAUGGAAGAGGAGAAAAACAAACUCCUACUCUCGUUGAGGGAAGCAGAGGCAGAUUGCGAAGUUGCUGAAUCAAAGAUGCUGGAGGUGUUGGAGUGGCAAAUAGCGGCAGAGGAAGAAGGUGUUUUCCUGCUGCAACAGUUUUCUAAGGAUGCAGCUAAUUCUGCAGAAUCAGUUCUUAAAAAUGCAGAAAAAGAGUCUUGUAAAGAACUGGAAGAGUGGCAAUCUUCAGUUGAAUUGUUAGAGGUUAAGAAGCUGGAAAUGGAUAUUGAGUCACUGUUAGUAUCUGAAGCAUGUUCAGGAUUGGAAAAUGCAAUAGAAGACCUAGUUAAAAAUGACAGGGAAGAAAAAGAAAUGCUGACAAGAAAAGGUGUUGUUUUGGCAAAAGAAUUGGAUGAACUACGAGAAUUGGUCAUACUGAAGGAGGCAGAGAUUGCUGAUAACAAGUGCCAAAUACAAGAUGUUGAGAAAAGAAUUUCUAAUGUGGUUUUUAAGUUUCACGAGACACAAUCUACUAUUGUCAUGAAGCAUGAAAAUUUGCAGGCAGUCUUUCUCAAGGGAGAAUCUGAGAAAGAGGCAUUGUUAAAAAAACAGAAGGAAAUUGAUGAAAAUAUCUCUUUAUCUGAAGAGAAGAGGAAAAAGCUAAUGGAACUUUCAGGAAUUUCAUCUGCUGAAGCAAAAACUUGUCAGGAUUUGGUUGGAUUGAAAAAGCAUUUGGCUUCUUUGGUUUUGAAAUCACGGGAGGACAGAGUGAAGUUCUCAAAAACAGAGGAAAAGAUACUGGAAGAUAUUCAGAUACUCAGAGAAGAAAUUUUAGCUGCAAGAACUGCUCUACAGGAUCUAUCUUCAGGUAGGGCAAGCAUCCAACAAGAAGUUGCUUUGUAUAAGCAAAGAAUAGAUUUUAUCGAGAAAAGAGGGCCUGAGCUGGAGGCUGAAAAGAAAGUUGCUGCUGCUGCUAGAAAUUUCAAGGAAGCUGGGCGGGUAGCAACUGAGGCGAAAGCAUUACAUAAUGCGAAGGAAGAUCUGCAACAUAAGAAGGAGAAGAACAUCUUACACCUAGAAAAGCUAGAGGAGGAGAUCAAAAGCAAUGUUGACAAAAUUCAGGAGAACGAAGGUUUAAUUCUACUCAAGGAAAAAGAGGCAGCAUUGGCAGGCUGCAACAGGCUCCAAUUAGUUGCUGCAGCUGCAAGGGCUGAGAGAUUAGCUGCUCUUAAAAUGGGUGACCUUGAAGAAGGGAACUUAUUACUUCAAGAGGCUGAAGCUGCGGAAUCGGAAGCCAGGGAGAUUCAGGAAGUCUACAACUUCGAUGUAGAGGUGGAUGGUAAGAAUUUUGUAUCGGUGGCAUUCAUAACCAACCUUAAUGGAGAUCAUUUGACGGAAGUGGCUUCUCUCAACCUCCCUGCUGUUGCUGGUACACAGAGUUAGCUGGUGACACGAGAGACUUUGGUGGUACAGACUAAUGUCUCAAGAGCAUCAGCAACAGUGAAACGAGGUUUCUAAAAGUAUGCUGUAUUUUUUAUGACCUUUGUAAGAAUUGUCCUGUAAAAGCUACAAUUUGUAAAUGUCACCCCUCAUUGAGUAAACUACCCGUAACUCGAGCGAGCAUCUAAAGCAGCUUGAAUCUUGGCUGACA